CCAUCACCUACUCUCAGCUCUUAAAGGAAGUCUGCAAGUUUGCCAAUGUUCUACGGACUUUAGGUGAAUAAUUCCUUUUUCCAGGCAGCAGUAGAGAGCUCUUGUCUUGUCCAUGGGUGAAGAAAGGUGACAGGAUUGCCAUAUAUUUACCAGUGAUCCCAGAGCUGAUAUAUGCAAUGCUGGCAUGUGCAAGAAUAGGAGCGGUACACUCAGUGGUGUUUGCAGGUUUCUCAGCUGAAUCUCUGUGUGAGAGAAUAUUAGACUCACAAUGUAUAUUACUGGUUACUGCAGAUGGUUUCUACAGGGGAGAAAAGCUUGUAAACCUAAAGCAGAUCGCAGAUGAUGCCUUGGAAAAGUGCAAAGACAAAGAAAGCUUUAUUCUGAAAAAGUGCAUUGUGGUACAACACCUUGGUGACAAGGUGAGAAACAACCAUGAACAGGAUAGUUGUAACAUCCUGCAGUUGUUCUGGAACUGUGAAACAGAUAUGUGCUGGGAUGCACUAAUGAAAGAUGCGAGUGAGCAUUGCGAACCAGAAUGGGUUGAUGCCGAACAUCCACUUUUCAUCCUAUAUACAAGUGGAUCAACAGGGAAACCCAAGGGCGUACUGCACACUGUUGCAGGUUAUUUAAUUUACACUGCGGUCAGUUUUAAGUAUGUCUUUGAUUACCACGAUGAUGACAUCUACUGGUGCACAGCUGAUAUUGGAUGGAUUACUGGACAUUCCUAUGUCAUCUAUGGCCCACUGGCAAAUGGUGCGACAUGUAUUCUUUUUGAAGGUCUCUUACUCUAUCCACAUGUCGGGAGGUUGUAUGAAAUGAUUGAAAAGUACAAAGUGACAAAGCUUUACACAGCGCCCACAGUGAUUAGGAUGCUGAUGAAGUUUGGAGAGGAACCUGUGAGAAAGUUCAAUCUCAGUUCUUUGAGAAUCCUGGGCUGUGCUGGAGAGCCUAUUAACCCGGAGGCUUGGACAUGGUAUUAUAAUGUGAUUGGUAAUGGCAAGUGUCCAAUCGUGGAUACUUUCUGGCAGACUGAAACGGGUGGCCCAAUGAUGACCCCUUUGCCUGCUGCUACACCAUUGAAGCCAGGAUCAACUACAUUUCCAUUCUUUGGUGUUCUCCCUGCAAUUCUCAAUGAGCAUGGUGAGGAACUGGAGGGAGAAGCUGAGGGUUACCUGGUAUUCAAACGACCUUGGCCAUCCAUACUGCGCUCUGUAUAUGGAGACAAGGAGCGCUUUGAGGCAACUUACUUCAAACAGUUCCCAGGAUUUUAUUUGACUGGAGACAGUAAAUUAUUACUUUACUUUAAAUCAUUUUUAACAAUAUACGCAGGCUCAAAUUCUGUCUGAACUUACUUUGGCUGAACCCAUAUUCGUUGGUGAUCAGUUUAAAGCUGUGUGGCUGAAAUGUUUCUUUUACUCCUCGUUUAUGCAAGGAAAUUAUAAUU